UCUCACUGGGAGCCAGUUAGGGACACCAGGACUCCACCUAACAGCCACGCUUGAGAAUAACACCAUCCCUUCGGCUGCUUCACCCUUCAUUCGGACUCAUAACAGGAAGAUCUAAAGACAUGGACAACAGCCUAGUGCUCACUGUCCUCUUCCUGGCUCUUUCCUGGAUGUCAGGAACCAGCGAUGCUACCAACUCAAGCACGACGUCAAACAACAUGACGACAAACAGCAUGACCACAAACAGCAUGACCACAAACAACAUGACCACAAACAACAUGACCACAAACAACAUGACCACAAACAACAUGACCACAAACAGCAUGACGACAAACAGCAUGACCACGGCGCCGCACAUCAUGACGACAAACAACAUGACGAUGUCGCCGCACAGCAUGACAACAAACAAUAUGAACACGGCACCAGCAACUGCAAUAACAGCAGUAGCCACAACAUCCAAUACAACACUGAUUACCAACAACACAGUGAUCGUUCUUGGGACGCCUGUUGGCCGGACCGGAUGUGGGACCCAACAGAUCUGUGGGUCUGAGCCCUCUGACUGUGACCCCUCAUCAUCUUCAUCAUCGUGUUUCUUCGUUUCUGCCAAGCAGAGGGACGGUCAGAACUUUGAGUUUUCCAUCUCAGGGGAGUCAAGUGGCUACAUCGCUGCCACGGUGUCAGCUGACACCACAGUGGGAGGUAACGACACAACCUACGUCUGUGCGAACAAUAAUGGCAAAGUGAAAUUCUUCAGCGCUCUCCUCGACAACGACAAGCUGACACUGACAGAGCUGCCUGUGAACUCGGUGCAAGGCCGAGUCGAUGGAAACCUGAUCCAGUGCACGUUUGUUGCCACUUUGGACCUGUCCACCACAAGAGCAGCAGCAACAAGCGCCUCACUGUCACUCUCCACCGGGACCUUUGACAACACUUCUGGAUCUCUGGGAACCCCCGACACCAAGUUUAGGAGCGGAGUCGUAGACCUGAGCGGUUCUAAUGCCACCAUCUCUAAUGAGCUUACCACCACAACCACGACCACGACCGCCACCCCAAUGACCAACACCAUGACUACGCCAACGCACAGCAUGACGACAAACACCAUGACUACACCAACGCACAGCAUGACGACAAACACCAUGACUACGCCAACACACAGCAUGACGACAAACACCAUGACGACGACGCCGCACAGCAUGACGACAAACACCAUGACUACACCAACGCACAGCAUGGCGACAAACACCAUGACUACACCAACGCACAGCAUGACGACAAACACCAUGACUACACCAACGCACAGCAUGACGACAAACACCAUGACUACACCAACGCACAGCAUGACGACAAACACCAUGACAACGACGCCGCACAGCAUGACGACAAACAAUAUGACGAUGCCGCCGCACAGCAUGACGACAAACAACAUGACGACAAACAACAUGACGAUGCCGCCGCACAGCAUGACGACAAACAAUAUGAACACGGCACCAGCAACCGCAACAACAACAGUAGCCACAACAACCAAUACAACUCUGAUUACCAACACCACAGUGAUCGUUCUUGGGACGCCUGUUGGCCGGACCGGAUGUGGGACCCAACAGAUCUGUGGGUCUGAGCCCUCUGACUGUGACCCCUCAUCAUCUUCAUCAUCGUGUUUCUUCGUUUCUGCCAAGCAGAGGGACGGUCAGAACUUUGAGUUUUCCAUCUCAGGGGAGUCAAGUGGCUACAUCGCUGCCACGGUGUCAGCUGACACCACAGUGGGAGGUAACGACACAACCUACGUCUGUGCGAACAAUAAUGGCAAAGUGAAAUUCUUCAGCACUCUCCUCAAUAACAACAAGCUGACACUGACAGAGCUGCCUGUGAACUCGGUGCAGGGCCGAGUCGAUGGAAACCUGAUCCAGUGCACGUUUGUUGCCACUUUGGACCUGUCCACCACAAGAGCAGCAGCAACAAGCGCCUCACUGUCACUCUCCACCGGGACCUUUGACAGCACUUCUGGAUCUCUGGGAACCCCCGACACCAAAUUUAGGAGCGGAGUCGUAGACCUGAGCGUUUCUACUGCCACCAUCUCUAAUGAGCUUACCACCACGACCACGACCACGACCGCCACCCCCGCUGUGACUGCACACGCCACCACGUUCCAGCAGUCACUGGUGCAAGUUCUGCUGAUCUCUAUGGGCGUAUUCACUAUGCCCCUGGUGUGAGGAACACAAAACCUUCAGGAUUCAACACAAGAAGAAACAUAACUUCUCAAUCUAAAUAUUUUUUUUAAUGUACACAGUAUAUCCCACAUUAUAAGGAUCAUGCUGAAUUUAAAAUCCACUCACUGGAGGUGCAGGUAGGAGUGCUGGUGGGUGGUGAGUCUUCUGACUGCUUUCAGGUGUGUUGUAGAAUCUAAAAGAAAUAAGAGAAUAUAUGUUGAAGUUUUGAAUGAAAGGUUAUGUGUAAUAUAUUUACCCCCCCCCCCCCCGACAACCUCAUUGUUAUUGAUGUUCUCGUUCUUCGUCACGCACUAUGAAGCUAGAAAAUGGCUGAUAUAUGCCGUAUCAAACUUUCUAUUGUAAAUGUGUGUGCUGUACAAUAAUGACUUAAAAAUGAAGCCUUCGGUGGCUGAUGUGUGUGAGUGUGUGUGUGCGUGUGUUUGUGUGGAAUAGCGAACGCAAAUGAGCCGUUGUGUAUUAGGUAUGCAAGUUACGAUACGAAAAGCUGUUGAUAAUUAAUUUUGCAGUUUGCAUAAUGUAAAAUAGUUUUUAUUGCCAUUUCUCAUUAAAGUUAUAUUUAAAACAA